AUGAAGUCUCCCGAUUGGAGUCAACCUUUUGAGCUUAUGUGUGACGCAUCCGACUAUGCCAUAGGAGCAGUUUUAGGACAACGAAUAGAUAAGAGGCCUCAUGUCAUUUACUACGCUAGUAAGACCUUAAAUGAUGUUCAACUCAAUUACUCUACCACCAAGAAGGAACUUCUAGCCAUAGUCUUUGCCCUAGAAAAGUUUCGCUCUUAUCUUAUCGGGUCCAAAAUCAUUGUUUACACCGACCAUGCCGCUCUUAAAUACCUUUUCUCGAAAAAAGACUCAAAAGCCCGCUUAAUUAGAUGGGUUUUGUUGCUCCAAGAGUCUGACUUAGAGAUUCGGGAUAAGAAUGGUUGUGAGAAUGUCGUCGCCGAUCAUCUCUCUCGAUUAGUGGUUGAAUCCACUAAUGACUUGCCCUUAAGCGAGUCCUUUCCCGACAAACACCUUCUCUCGAUUUCCACUCUCCCUUGGUUCGUCGACAUUGUCAAUUACCUAGCAACCGGUGACAUUCCUUCGACAUGGUCCAAGAAUGAUAAAUCCAAGUUCUUUUCUCAAUUCGUUGGCCACCUCUACAUCCUUCUCGCGGUUGAUUACGUUUCCAAAUGGGUAGAAGCCAUCCCGACCCGGUCUAAUGACAACAAAAUCAUCCUUCGAUUCCUUAAGGAGAAUAUCUUUUCUCGAUUUGGAACACCUGGGGCUAUCAUUAGUGACCAAGGGACGCAUUUUAAGAAUCGUCAAUUCGAGUCUCUUCUUAAGAAGUACUCCAUCACUCAUAGACUUGCUACCCCUUAUCAUCCUCAAACUAGUGGCCAAGUAGAGGUUUCAAACCGGCAAAUUAAGCAAAUCUUAGUGAAGACGGUCAACUCAAAUAGGAAGGAUUGGUCAACCAAGUUGAUAGAUGCCUUAUGGGCCUAUCGGACCGCCUUUAAGACCGUCUUAGGAAUGUCUCCCUAUAGACUCGUGUUUGGUAAAGCUUGCCAUUUGCCGGUUGAGUUAGAGCAUAGGGCCAUGUGGGCCAUUAGAGAAUUGAACUUCGACUUACCCACCGCCGACACUAGUGAUCAAAAAGUACGUCCUACGGGGCAAAAGGCGGCAAAGCGAAAGGCGAAGGGAAAGGCAAAAAAUGAUUCAGCUAGUACAUUUUUGGAGAUUAAUGAAAGAAAAGCUUCUGCACUAGAGAAAUUGGUAAAGAUAAAGGAGAAAGAAGCAGAGGAUAACAAAAUGACUAAAUAUACGGAUUAUCCGGUCAUGGAUACAUCAUAUAUGUCUCUCGAGCAGAAGAAAGAUCAUGAAAAAUUUUGUGCCCAUACUCGUACUAAUAUUUUGAAGUUUUAG